AGGCAGGCUGAGCUUGUGCUGAGUAGUACGUUUGAUCUCGUGCGGUGUAGUGCGGCAAGUGUUUCUGCGACAGGUCUUGUACACUAGCUGCAGCUCCGCCGCAUUCAGCACCAUAGAAGCGGCGAAGAGAACUAACAGAGGAAAGUAAUCAGUCAGGUAGCCACGAAGAACAGCUGUGGAAAGUAACUUCACUUACAAAAAAAAUACUCAGGAUGCCCACCUCUGCAUGACGCGGAACGCUUUGGAUGGGAGUUGACUGGAAGGCACAGAUAGAGGCUUUUUUUGCUGGAUUUUUGCAUAACCUAAAUGGCUAAUGGAAAUAACUAUUUGCACCUUUUAAUGUGCUACAGUUCUCAGUUGGGUUGCAUGCAUGUUUAUAUAACUUUACAGUGAAUUAAAAGUUGCAGUCUGUUUGUCCUGUACGCGUUCUCGAUGGGUUGAUGCACUUCAUAUUUAAAAGAUGAUUGAAAGCCUUUAAAUUGCCGCAUGCGUUUUAAGUAAUUAGGGAAAGAUUUUUUUGUAGGAGUUGCACAGAAUAAGUAAACUGUCAUGGGGGGCAAUUUGGGCUGUCACCGUUCUAUCCCUAGAGACCCUUCAGACAUUUGUCAUAACCGUAAAUUCAGCGCUGCUUGCAACUUCAGCAACAUUCUGGUCAACCAGGAGAGACUAAACAUUAACACUGCUUCAGAAGAGGAACUGAUGACCCUGCCAGGGGUAAAUAGGAUGGUGGCAAAAAACAUUGUUGAAUACCGGGAGUGCAUUGGUGGUUUUAAGAAAGUUGAGGACUUGGCAUUGGUAAGUGGGGUAGGUGCUGCCAAAUUGGAGCAGAUCAAGUUGGAAAUCUGUGUGAGCAGCAGGAGCAGCAGCUCAACACAGCACUCACCCAGUCCUUUAAGCAAAGACAUAUACACAGAGCACUACCAACUUCCAAGUGGCCCUAGAGUCAAUAUCAACAGUGCUACUGCAGCCCAGCUGAUGAGUGUCCGUGGCCUUAGUCAGAAGAUAGCAAAUGGCAUUGUGGAUUACCGGAAGGAGCAUGGACCUUUUAAAAGUAUUGAGGAGCUUGUGAAAGUUAGUUGUAUAAGCUCUUCAUUUCUGGAAAAAAUCCGACCUCAUGUUUUUGUGGAGAGGUCACGGCCAUCGUCUGCCACUACUAAUGGUGGCCUGACCUUUGUGGCAAAGCCACACCCUAGCCCGACAUCCUUGAGCUUGCAUAGUGAAGACUUGGACUUGCCUAUUGGAGGGCCUACACAGAUAAUUUCUAGUCGGCCUUCUGUGGAGGUAUUUAAUGAAGUAAGAGAUGGCAAGCCUGUGUUGAGGAUAGCAACUUGGAACUUACAAUGCUGCUCUGUAGAAAAAGCCAAUAAUCCUGGUGUGAGGGAGGUUGUAUGCAUGACAGUAUUGGAGAACAGCAUCAAGCUUUUGGCAGUGCAGGAGCUGACUGAUCCAGAUGCAUUAGAAAAGUUUUGUACAGAGCUUAAUAAUCCAACACUACCAAACAUUCGCAAGUGGAGAGGUCCAGGGGGAACAUGGAAGUACAUUGUUGCAGAAAAGCCAUCUGUACGAGUGCAACAGGGAUUUGCCUAUGUUGGUUUCUUGUGGGACACAAGUGCUGGAGUUGAACUGAAAGAUGUCACCUUACUGGAGAAUCAACAGAACAACGGAAAUGGAAAGCUGGCAUAUCCACGUCCUUAUCUUAGCCAUUUCAAGGUUGGAAUGAAUGACAUCACCCUGGUUAAUGUUCUUCUGAAGGUGCCAAAUGCUGCUGGUGAUGGAGAAACUACAGGGAAGAAUCACAGUGAGAACCACAAGGUACCUUUCUUCACAGCAACAUUACAGGAAACGUUAAGAGGUGAAAAGGAUAUAAUCAUCUUGGGAGACUUCAGUCAAGGGCCUGAUGCAAGUGAUCAGGACAUCUUAAGAAAGGAUAAGUUCUACAACCUUAUUCCUGCCAACACCUUUACAGAUAUUAGCACCAGUAAUCCAAAAGGAUGCAAGUCUGUGGACAACAUAUGGAUUAGCCGAACACUAAAGAAAGUCUAUACAGGUCACUGGACGGUUGUGCGAGAAGGCCUUACUAAUCCAUGGAUUCCUGAUAACUGGUCCUGGGGAGGAGUUGCUUCAGACCACUGCCCUGUAUUAGGAGAAUUCUACAUAGAAAAAAACUGGAACCAAAAAGCACCUAUCCAUAAUGGAAGUGCAGUGACACUUGAACAUUGUGAAGCGAACAUAAAACAAGAACGAUGACAACACUACAUACGUUGACUCACUGGAGUGGAGUGGAGUGGAGUGGAUUUUGCCUAGACCACUACACAAAACUGUGAACAUGUAAAAUGUUUGGAAAAGAAAACUUCAGAUGAUAUCGUAACUUCUAGCUCAUCAUACAGAUUUAGGUGAUUUGAAGGCUACUCUGUGUACCAGAAAUGCAUGUAAAAAUGAACUGGGACAAAAUUUUGCACCUUAUUUCAUUUCUUUUAACCUAUAAAGAAUAAAAGUGUUCUUUAAAGUAUAAUAUAAAAUUAAAUGUUGUUAAUAAAUGGAGAGUAAAGCAAUAACAGGUAACGUUAUAUGUUGCAGGAUCUCUGUAGCACUGUAACAUAGCACUGGUUGUGUGACUGCAUAAUCUACAACUCUGAAACACAUUGUGAAAAUGUGAUACUCUUUUGGAAACUAAAUGGAGGAUUAUACUGUGUUAAUUGUAGAUCACAUCUAUUUUAUUCAUAAUUUGCACUUAUGUCCCUUUCUUUUUUGCAACAAUAAUGCCAUUAAUGUACUAUAGACGUAAGACAGAUGGUGUACUUGGUACUAAAUAAUGAUUGAAUGUCAAUAAACAGGCAUAAAUAAUCUGUA